CUCAUCUUUUAUCUCAAGCAGACAAUUAAUAGAAACACAACAAUAGCAGCACUAGAAAAAAUAUGGAGAAGCUCUCAGUCAAGUUCAUUUUAGUCGCUUUCUUUAUUUUUUCACUUGCCGAACAAGGAGCAAGCAAGCCGACAGCCAUGCCUUGAGGAAACCGGUAGGAAGCUUGGUAUUUUCCCCUUCCUUUCUUGUUCUAGAACCCAUAUAGAACCCAGAAAUCUCUCCCCCUCUGCUGAAAUUCCAGAUCUGCUCGGUUUCUCCCCCUCCCCUGUCCGUGAGCCGCAGCUGGUGAUGCGAAAUUCUGGGCAUUUUUCGGAAGCGAAGUCAAGGACGAGGAAAAACGAGGGGAGUGACGAGUUAGAAGGGUAACCAUCUUAUAAAUUGAAUAUGGAUUUUAGAUAUAAUGACGAUAUUGUAAGCUAAAUUGUAAUUGGAGAUUUUAUAAUUCAUUUAGUGGAUUGUUAAAUAACAAGAUAUUUGACCUUGAGAUUUUGAGCUUAAAUCAUGUUGGACAUAGAAUUAAUUUUGAAAUAUCCAAUCUAAGUUAUUGGAUUGUCAGAUGUGAAUUGGAUAAAUUCCAAGCUUUAUGCAUUUGUGGGAUCCUUUCACGAAUACACGGCGUCUACCACAUCCUUGGAUUUGGGUUUUGGAGCGCCUGCAAGCAAUAACAGAAGCAAGAAAUGUGAGUAUUCCAUGCACUAAAGACUCUGAUUGUGGUAGUCCAAAAUGCAAAUGCAAUGGUCCAGUAGGAGGUCGCGGUCUGUGUGUCUGUAGUGGUGAUGUAGCUGGAUUAUUUGAACAAGCCAUGACUAAGACUCCAAAAGUGCAAAAUGAGGUGCCAUGAUAGGCUAAAAAUUUUGGUGUGUCUUGAUGGUUAAACCAUUCACACGAAAUAAAAAUGUCGAUCAUCAAUAACUCAAUCAAUACCUUGUUCAACACUUAAUAAAUAAUAAAAGUUGUCUAUCUUU